CGGCGGGGGAGGGGUGGGGAGCACCAUGCAGUUUGUAUCCUGGGCCACACUGCUAACGCUCCUAGUGCGGGACCUGGCCGAGACGGGGAGCCCAGACGCCGCGGCGGCCGUGCGCAGGGACAGGCUGCACCCGAGGCAAGUGAAACUAUUAGAGACUCUGAGCGAAUACGAAAUCGCGUCUCCCAUCCGAGUGAACGCUCUCGGAGAACCCUUUCCCACGAACGUACACUUCAAAAGAAGGCGACGGAGCCUUAACUCUGCCUCUGACCCCUGGCCUGCCUUCGCCUCCUCCUCUUCCUCCGCUACCUACACCCAAGCGCAUUACCGCCUCUCCGCCUUCGGCCAGCAAUUUCUAUUUAAUCUCACCGCCCAUGCCGGAUUUAUCGCUCCGAUGUUCACUGUCACCCUCCUCGGGGCACCCGGGGUGAACCAGACAAAGUUUUAUUCUGAGGAGGAAGCGGAACUCAAGCACUGUUUCUACAAAGGCCAUGUCAAUACCAAGUCCGAGCACACGGCCGUCAUCAGCCUCUGCUCAGGAAUGCUGGGCACAUUCCGGUCCCACGAUGGGGAUUAUUUUAUUGAACCACUGCUGUCCAUUGAUGAGCAAGAAGGUGAAGAGGAACAAAACAAACCCCACGUGAUCUAUAGGCGCAGCAGCCCUCACAGAGCGCCCUCAACAGGAAGGCGUGCGUGUGACACCUCAGAACACGAAAAUAGUCACAGUAAGGACAAGAGGAAAACGAGGACGAGAAAAUGGGGAGAGAGGAGUAGCCUGGCUGAUGACGUGGCAGUAUUAAAAAGCAGCUUAACCAAAAGGGCCCUUUCUGCCUAUGGUAACAAGACGGACAGCACAAGGGAAAGGAGGACCCACAGGAGAACAAAACGUUUUUUAUCUUAUCCACGGUUUGUAGAAGUGAUGGUGGUGGCAGACAACAGAAUGGUUUUAUACCACGGAGCAAACCUUCAACACUAUAUUUUAACUUUAAUGUCAAUUGUAGCCUCUAUCUAUAAAGACCCAAGUAUUGGAAAUUUAAUUAAUAUUGUAAUUGUGAACUUAGUUGUGAUUCAUAAUGAACAGGAAGGACCUUCCAUAUCUUUUAAUGCCCAGACAACAUUAAAAAACUUUUGCCAGUGGCAGCAUUCAAAGAACCAUCCAGGUGGAAUCCAGCAUGAUACAGCAGUUCUUGUAACGAGACAGGAUAUCUGCAGAGCUCAUGACAAAUGUGAUACCUUAGGUCUGGCUGAACUGGGAACCAUUUGUGAUCCCUACAGAAGCUGCUCUAUCAGUGAAGAUAGUGGAUUGAGUACAGCAUUUACAAUAGCCCAUGAACUGGGCCAUGUGUUCAACAUGCCUCAUGAUGACAACAAUAAGUGCAAAGAAGAAGCAGUUAAGAGUCCCCAGCAUGUCAUGGCCCCAACACUGAACUUCUACACCAACCCCUGGAUGUGGUCAAAGUGUAGCCGAAAAUACAUCACUGAAUUUUUAGACACCGGUUACGGCGAGUGUCUGCUUAACGAACCUGAAUCCAGACCCUAUCCUUUGCCUCUCCAACUGCCAGGCCUCCUUUACAACGUGAAUAAACAAUGUGAAUUGAUUUUUGGACCAGGUUCUCAGGUGUGCCCGUAUAUGAUGCAGUGUAGACGGCUGUGGUGCAAUAACGUGGAUGGAGCGCACAAAGGCUGCCGGACUCAGCACACGCCCUGGGCUGAUGGGACCGAGUGUGAGCCUGGAAAGCACUGCAAGUUUGGAUUUUGUGUUCCCAAAGAAAUGGAGGUCCCUGUGACUGAUGGAUCCUGGGGAAGUUGGAGUCACUUUGGAACCUGCUCAAGAACAUGUGGAGGGGGUAUCAAAACAGCUGUUCGAGAGUGCAACAGACCAGAGCCAAAAAAUGGUGGGAAGUACUGUGUGGGGCGCAGAAUGAAAUUUAAGUCCUGCAACACGGAGCCAUGUCCCAAGCAGAAGCGAGACUUCCGAGACGAACAGUGUGCUCACUUUGAUGGAAAGCAUUUCAACAUCAAUGGUCUGCUUCCGAACGUGCGCUGGGUCCCAAAGUACAGUGGAAUUUUGAUGAAGGACCGCUGCAAGCUGUUCUGCAGGGUGGCGGGGAACACGGCCUACUAUCAGCUCCGUGACAGAGUGGUAGAUGGAACUCCAUGUGGCCAGGACACCAAUGACAUCUGUGUCCAAGGCCUUUGCCGGCAAGCUGGAUGCGAUCAUGUUUUAAACUCAAAAGCCCGGAGAGAUAAAUGUGGGGUUUGUGGUGGCGAUAAUUCUUCGUGCAAAACAGUGGCAGGAACAUUUAAUACAGUACAUUAUGGUUACAAUACUGUGGUCCGAAUUCCAGCUGGUGCUACCAAUAUCGAUGUGCGGCAGCACAGUUUCUCAGGGAAAUCAGAGGAUGAUAACUACUUAGCUUUAUCAAGCAGUAAAGGUGAAUUCUUGCUAAAUGGAGACUUUGUUGUCACAAUGUCCAAAAGGGAAAUCCGGGUUGGGAAUGCCGUGAUAGAGUACAGCGGGUCCGACAAUGUAGUGGAAAGAAUCAACUCCACAGAUCGCAUUGAACAAGAACUUUUGCUUCAGGUGUUGUCCGUGGGAAAGUUAUUCAACCCUGAUGUGCGCUAUUCUUUCAAUAUUCCAAUUGAAGACAAACCCCAGCAGUUUUACUGGAACAGUCAUGGACCCUGGCAAGCAUGCAGCAAACCCUGCCAAGGGGAGCGGAAACGAAAACCUGUUUGUACCAGGGAAUCUGAUCAGCUUACAGUUUCUGAUCAAAGAUGUGAUCGGCUGCCCCAGCCAGCACCCAUUACUGAACCCUGCGGCACAGAGUGUGACCUGAGGUGGCACGUGGCCAGCAGGAGUGAAUGUAGUGCCCAGUGUGGCUUGGGUUACCGCACAUUAGACAUCUACUGUGCCAGAUACAGCAGGCUAGAUGGGAAGACCGAGAAGGUUGAUGACAGUUUUUGCAGCAGUCACCCCAAACCAAGCAACCGGGAAAAAUGCUCAGGAGAAUGUAACACUGGUGGCUGGCGCUAUUCUGCUUGGACUGAAUGUUCUAAAAGCUGUGAUGGUGGAAGCCAGAGGAGAAGGGCUAUUUGUGUCAACACCCGUAAUGAUGUACUUGAUGAUAGCAAAUGCACGCAUCACGAGAAAGUCACCAUUCAGAAGUGCAAUGAGUUCCCUUGUCCACAGUGGAAAUCAGGAGACUGGUCAGAGUGCUUGGUCACCUGCGGAAAAGGGCAUAAGCACCGCCAGGUCUGGUGUCAGUUUGGCGAAGAUCGAUUAAACGAUAGAAUCUGUGACUCUGAGACCAAGCCAGCCUCCAUGCAGACCUGUCAGCAGCCAGAAUGUGCGUCCUGGCAGGCAGGUCCCUGGGGACAGUGCAGUGUCACUUGUGGACAGGGAUACCAGCUAAGAGCAGUGAAAUGCAUCAUUGGGACAUACAUGUCAGUGGUGGAUGACAAUGACUGCAAUGCAGCAGCUAGACCAACUGAUACCCAGGACUGUGAAUUACCGUCUUGUCACCCUCCCCCCGCUGCCCCGGAAGCAAGGAGAAGCACACACAGUGCUCCAAGGACCCAGUGGCGAUUUGGGUCUUGGACACCAUGCUCAGCCACUUGUGGAAAAGGUACCCGGAUGAGAUAUGUCAGCUGUCGGGACGAGGAUGGCUCUGUGGCUGACGAGAGUGCCUGUGCAACCCUCCCUAGGCCAGUGGCAAAGGAGGAAUGUUCUGUGACCCCCUGUGGGCGGUGGAAGGCUCUGGACUGGAACCCGUGCUCUGUGACGUGUGGGCAAGGGAGGACCACCCGGCAAGUGGUCUGUGUCAACUACAGUGACCACGUGAUCGAUCAAAUCGAGUGUGACCCGGAUUAUAUCCCAGAAACCGACCAGGACUGUUCCAUGUCACCAUGCCCUCAGCGGACCCCAGACAGUGGCCUCGCUCAGCACCCUUUCCAAAACGAGGGUUAUCGCCCCAGGAGCGUCAGCCCUAGCCGCACCCACGUGCUCGGAGGAAACCAGUGGAGGACUGGCCCCUGGGGAGCAUGUUCCAGUACCUGUGCUGGUGGGUCCCAGCGGCGCGUUGUUGUGUGUCAGGAUGAAAAUGGAUACACCGCCAACGACUGCGUGGAAAGAAUCAAACCCGAUGAGCAGAGAUCCUGCGAAUCUGGCCCUUGCCCUCAGUGGGCUUAUGGCAGCUGGGGAGAGUGUACUAAGCUGUGCGGUGGAGGCUUGCGGACAAGACUGGUGGUCUGUCAGCGGCCCAGCGGGGAACGGUUUCUAGAUCUGAGCUGUGAAAUUCUUGACAAGCCUCCAGAUCGAGAGCAAUGUAACACACAUGCUUGUCCUCAAGACGCUGCAUGGAGUACUGGCCCUUGGAGUUCGUGUUCUGUCUCUUGUGGUCGAGGGCAUAAACAACGAAAUGUUUACUGCAUGGCAAAAGAUGGAAGUCAUUUAGAAAGUGAUUACUGUAAACACCUUGCUAAGCCAAAUGGGCACAGAAAGUGCCGAGGAGGAAGAUGCCCCAAGUGGAAGGCUGGCGCGUGGAGUCAGUGUUCAGUGUCCUGUGGCCAAGGCGUGCGGCGGAGAAAUGUGGGCUGUCAGCUGGGAGCACACAAAAUAGCCGGAGAGACCGAGUGCAACCCAUACACUAGACCGGAGUCAGAGCGCGCCUGCCAAGCCCCGCUGUGUCCACUCUACGCUUGGAGGGCAGAUGAAUGGCAAGAAUGCACCAAGACUUGUGGCAAAGGCUCCAGGUACCGCAAGGUGGUGUGUGUGGGUGAGGACAAAGGUGACGAGGUUCACAGCAUGCACUGUGACAUGAGCACACGGCCUGUGGAUCGCGAGAGCUGUGGCUUGCAGCCCUGCGAGUAUGUCUGGAUCACAGGAGAAUGGUCAGAGUGCUCAGUGACCUGUGGAAAGGGCUACAAACAAAGGCUUGUCUCCUGUAGCGAGAUUUACACUGGGAAGGAGAAUUAUGAGUACAGCUAUCAAACCACCAUCAACUGCCCGGGCGCACAGCCACCCAGCGUCCAGCCCUGCUACCUGCGGGAGUGCCCUGUCUCCGCCACCUGGAGAGUUGGCAACUGGGGGAGCUGUUCCGUGUCCUGUGGCAUCGGAGUGAUGCACAGAUCUGUGCAGUGUCUCACCAACGAGGACCAGCCCAGCCACUUAUGCCCUGAUGAGUUGAAGCCGGAAGAAAGAAAAACCUGCCACAAUAUCUAUAACUGCGAGUUGCCCCAGAACUGCAAGGAAGUAAAAAGGCUGAAAGGUGCCGGUGAAGAUGGGGAAUAUUUCCUGAUCGUCACGGGAAAGCUCCUGAAGGUCUUCUGUGCAGGGAUGCACUCUGACCGCCCCAAGGAGUACAUGACACUGGUCCACGGUGACUCUGAGAAUUUUUCUGAGGUUUACGGGCACAGGUUGCACAACCCAACCGAAUGUCCCUACAACGGGAGCCGACGCGAUGACUGUCAGUGUCGGAAAGACUACACAGCGGCUGGGUUUUCCAGCUUCCAGAAGAUCAGGAUAGACCUGACCACCAUGCAGAUCAUCACCACUGACUUACAGUUUGCCAGGACCCGCGAAGGACAUCCCGUCCCUUUUGCCACCGCCGGGGACUGCUACAGCGCCGCCAAGUGCCCUCAGGGUCGUUUUAGCAUCAACCUUUACGGAACCGGCCUGUCUCUAACUGAAUCUGCCAGAUGGAUCUCCCAAGGGAAUUAUGCCGUCUCUGACAUUAAGAAGUCUCCGGAUGGUACCCGGGUCGUAGGGAAAUGCGGUGGUUACUGUGGAAAAUGUGCUCCAUCCUCUGGCACUGGCCUGGAGGUUCGAGUUUUAUAGUUAAGGUGCUCUGAAGAGGAAGCCGUUAUGGAAUGGAUGAAGGAUAGUGAUGAAAUACCUCCACCUUAAAAUUUGGGUGUAUGUGUGUGAGCGUGUAUGUGUGUGAGGACUUGUGUGCCUGGGUGUGUGUGUACAUAUGCAUAUAUAUAUACAUAUAUACACACACAUAUAUACACAUGUAUAUAUGUGUGUGUGUAUAAAUGUGGAAUAUCCUUAUGAUGUAAAGUUUAAUAUUUAUGUUUGAAAUUAUUUAUUGUGAUGUAAUAUUUUUGUACGUAAAAUGAUUCUUUUAUGACUGCCUUUCACGUUAUUUUGUCCCCUGCAGUCAGACCACUGCAUUUUACGUACUCUACAUUAUAUGUAGUACUUUGACAAAAGUGAUCCUUCAUUAUCACGGUACACUGUUGUUUACUUUCUAUCUGUAAAUGUUUUAUUGUUACUUUUUUAAAACCGUAAUUUUUUAAAAAAAAACAACCUAGCCGCCAUCAAGGUGCUACAAGAAUCGUAUGAGGAUAUAUUUGGCAUUUCUAGGAACGUAUCAUUAGCCAAUCAGUAAUUCAGUGAUGUCACAGUUUGUACCAGCUAUUAAUUAUGUUAAAUAUCUAUUCAGUUUCAUGUGAUCUCUGGGAAAGAAGUCGCUGCCUUGGUGCUAAUGUUAUAUGUAUUUAAGUGAUCAUCAGACUCAGAAAUGUAAACGCUUUUAAUAAAAGGGAGAAGCUAAAGGACAACUUCCAGUGGACAGAGUCACUUGGAAAAAAUAAGACCAACUGUUUACCCUUGCUUUUGGACAUGCCUUUUUGGGAAGAGAGUUGGACUUUGUUCUUGUUGUUGUUAUUCUUAUCAAUACUUUACUUCAGUUCAUGGUGCCUUGGUCUCUCUGUGGUUAAAUGGAGGGUCCCCCAAGCAGCUUCA